AUAUAGUCAGUAUGCUGACUUAACUACUUAUACCCUAAGAGAGAAUAGGACUGGGAAGUCAAGUAAGAGAGAGAGAGAGCGAGAGAGAGAGAGAGAGAGAGAGAGAUCAAAGGUCCAAGAGACAACUAGAGCGAGAAUUAGGCUGCAGAGGAGGCAGAGACGGAGAGAGAGAGGGAGAGAGAGAGAAACAACAAGAGAGGUACAGGAAAGAAUAAAGAUAUAGUUUUGUACAGUUUCUCCAAGCUGACAAUAAAGACAAUGUACAGACUUCAUGCUGUCGUGAUAGAGAACACAAAGAUUUAGUGUCGACACGUUUUGAUUCAAAAUUCAGUGCAAUGGAAUAAUCAGAACAUUUUAAAGGCACUAGGGUCAUGUGUAUAGUUUCAGACAAAGGAUUCUAUUGAAGUUUCUGAACGAUGCUUAUCUCGGUCGUUACCGUAGCACGUGAGCAUCGUUUAUUCCUAAGUAAAGAUUCAUAUCUAUAGCGGGAAAAACAAACUAUAAAUAGAAACAUGUUCGGAGUUUCCCGUGAGAACACUAAAGGAAGUGUAGAUGAGUUGGCACCAUUGAAGCUCAAUUGAAGGUGGUGGACAUUUUGAAGUUGAUCGUGAAGUCUCAACUGUUUGUCCAUUAAACUUGUCAGAACUUUUACUGUCAAUUCACUUGGUCAGUGUUGUGGAUACAUAAUGUGGCCUUAUGGGAUACAUCUAGAAGCAGAGUUUCGGUGGAAAACAUCACAUGACUGUUGUUUAAUGGGAUAUAUUAGGCGAGAGCUGUCAGUUGGAUACAUAGAGUGACUGUAGCCAGAGGAAAUAGUUAUCUGAAUUACCCAGUGACCCGGUUGGAGUAUCUCAAGUAACUGUUGCCCUGUGACCUCUGACGUGUGAUCACGAGGCCACCCUGUCGCAAUGCCAUCAACACUGGACAGCGACCGACCCGCGACUAGGGUGCAGUUCAUGGGGCGUACAGGAACGGGUAUAUCCACGCUGACCAAGCCCUUCGUGAAAAACCUAAGCCCUAUCUCACCCAAGGGGGAGAAUCCUCCACCUUUGACUUCACCCAUCACGCCCAAGCCUAGAAUCCAAGGGCCACAACUGAGUGUAGUAGAAGACGACAUGGAGGAUAGCGAGGAUCUAAGCCUGGAGGCCUCCAAACUAAGGUCCGAGCGGGCAGCGGAGUUCGAGAUAGAGCAUAACUGGCUCCUGAAGGAUGAGACGGAGAAGCGCUACAAGAGAUUUGAGAGAACCAAGAAACAGCUGACCAUUCACCUGCCAGAUGAGGAUCCAAUGGAAGGCAUCAACAACAGACUUGAAGAAAUCAACUCAAUGGUGAAACCAAAGAUUCAACUUUUAGACUUUCUGGGAAACUUUAACAAGGAACAGAAGGAAAGAGUUUUAAACAUGAGCCGAAUGGACUCUAUGACAAUGAAACAAGAAAGAAGAAAACUUUGGAAGUCCACAGAUUAUCUUCGUCACAUCUUUAAGAUGGUAUAUGUGGUCACGUGUGCUGCUAAUGCCAGCAGACGGUACUUCUACCCAGAAGACCCUGAGGCAGGACCGUCGAUCAUGAGAAAACAAAGAAUGUUACACAGACGACGAAGUCCAGGAGCUGUCAAGUCUAAUCUCAGUUUUGAGUUACAAGAUACCCUGAUGACGAGUCCAAAAUAUCGUACAGAUGAACAGAUGAAAAAGAUUCUGUGGCUACUGAAAACAACAAAAGCUUUUCAAAAUCUUUUUCCAGAUGAGAUGAUUGUGGAACUGGCUAGGGUCGUGGCUUAUGAGAGAUAUGAUCACAACAGGCAUAUAGCAUAUCAAGGGAGAUCACCGGAACUGUUUUAUUUUGUAAUCACAGGAAGAAUCCACAAGCUUAGAGAGUACAAACUUCCAUCUGGAUGUCUCAAUAAAUUGAUUGGUGUCAUGCAGAAGGGAGAUAUGUCUGACGCAGAUGAGUUUGAACAUCAGAGACAGGAACAUUUGGUGGCUUCUGGUUCAGUCGAGGUUCUCAUUCUGUCCAAACCAGACUAUUCUCGAUUACUUCACACGACGCAAGGACUUCCGGUAGAGUUUUUACUGUCUAUAGAUCUGUUUAAAGAAUUUCCAGCUGAUGUAUUUGAAUCAAAUGCUUCAUCUAUUACAUAUCAGUAUUAUAGUCACAAUAAAAUAAUCUGCCCAGAUGUUAAUAAGACUCCAUGGCUUCAUGUUGUCAAAUCUGGUAGAGUGAAACUUGUGAGACGUCAGUAUGUCCUUGACACUGGCUCUGACCUUCUGUUUCAAGAGGACAAAGAUGAACCUGGUCUAGGGAGAACCUUCAGUCAUGCUCGAGCAAUGUUAGGCAAUUUGGACAGUCAGAGACGCCUGAGGAAUGUCAACCUUUCACUUUCGCAGUUGAUGAGACAACGCCGGAAACCAAGGGAGAUAAACACAAAAAGAGUCAACGUUCUCGAAAGUACAGAGGGAAGUUUUGAACUCACCCCUGCAGACGUAGGCACCACUGAUCUGUUGGUGGAGGAACCUGAAAGCGACACUGUCAUGAAACCAGAGAGAGAAUUUACUCUUCCGACCAUCGUAGUAAAUGCCCCUGACUUUAAAGCCUCCAGACUUAUGUCCCCUGAAAUCAAGUUGAAAGGUCCCUGGUCCAAGAGGAGCCAACUCAGUGCCAGGGGCGAGAUGAAUCAGACGACACACUUUCUACCAGACAUUCAAAGUAACGACUUUCCUCGAGCGUUUUUAACAAGAGAUAAAACUACCUUCACUGACGUCUCACCCGUACGGCCACUCAAGAAACGUCAAAAGAAAGACGUCCAGCUCAGGAAGACGUGCGUUCAGCUUGACCUUCUCAAGCCAGGAGACGUUUUUGGACUUGAGGACAUCGCUAAAAAAUUCAGAUUUGAACAAACAGAAUCUGACGAGAACUAUGGAUCUGCUGUGCAGCCGGAACUAACCGCAGAUGAAACAACAUUAUCUCUGAUAAGUGACGGCGCUGAAGUGAUAAGGAUAAGCAAACGAUUUUUCCUACGCCACGCCAGAAACAAUACAAUGUUGAGAGUUGAAAUUAUGCAACGUAGUUAUUUGAGUCCUGAAGAAACCAAACAAGUUUUAUACACUAAAGAUAGCUGGUGUCAGUACAAGGAGUCUCUAAUGAAAAGAUUGUUGAGCAGUCUAGUCCGGUAGUGACUUACUGACCUCUACGUGACCUCUCAAAGUCCGUGAAUGAAAUCAAUAAGGACACACAAAUACACCUGAUAGUUAUGCAAUUAUUUUAGUUAUUCUCAGUGGUAAUGGAGCUCUAACAGACCUCACACAUUGGACUUUGUGUUCAGUGCAUCACCACUUGGCAAUGUUUGAUAUCGUAUUAUAUUUUCACCAUGUACUGCUGGCCUCAUGUUGACUUGAUUGAUAAACUAUUGACACGAUGUACUGCUGGCCUCAUGUUGACUUGAUUGAAAAACUAUUGACACCUUGUACUGCUGGCCUCAUGUUGACUUGAUUGAUAAACUAUUGACACCUUGUACUGCUGGCCUCAUGUUGACUUGAUUGAUAAACUAUUGGACCUUGUACUGCUGGCCUCAUGUUGACUUGAUUGAUAAACUAUUGACACGAUGUACUGCUGGCCUCAUGUUGACUUGAUUGAUAAACUAUUGACACGAUGUACUGCUGGCCUCAUGUUGACUUGAUUGAAAAACUAUUGACACCUUGUACUGCUGGCCUCAUGUUGACUUGAUUGAUAAACUAUUGACACCUUGUACUGCUGGCCUCAUGUUGACUUGAUUGAUAAACUAUUGGACCUUGUACUGCUGGCCUCAUGUUGACUUGAUUGAUAAACUAUUGACACGAUGUACUGCUGGCCUCAUGUUGACUUGAUUGAUAAACUAUUGACACGAUGUACUGCUGGCCUCAUGUUGACUUGAUUGAAAAACUAUUGACACCUUGUACUGCUGGCCUCAUGUUGACUUGAUUGAUAAACUAUUGACACCUUGUACUGCUGGCCUCAUGUUGACUUGAUUGAUAAACUAUUGGACCUUGUACUGCUGGCCUCAUGUUGACUUGAUUGAUAAACUAUUGACACGAUGUACUGCUGGCCUCAUGUUGACUUGAUUGAAAAACUAUUGACACCUUGUACUGCUGGCCUCAUGUUGACUUGAUUGAUAAACUAUUGACAGUAAUUUAAUUUAACGACAUUCAAUGCUAUUCUAUAUUGGUAUGAAAUUAUUUUAAACAUUGGAUACUAUACAAAUGUUUGUUUUGUUUGAUUAUAAAAGAAUAUAUCGAAAUAUAUUUCAAAAAGAAUAAACUAUUUUGACAAUGA